GUCGCAGUCCAUUUGUUUGCCUGCCUUCUUCGGCUCUCCAUGUUUCAGACGACCACCGACACUGACCUCCAUCCUCAAAUCCCAAGCAAAGACCCAGCAUCAUAUCCCAAAACCACCGAAUCAAGAUCCUCUUCUUUCAACCAUUGUCAGCUGUGAUUCGGCCUCUUUCAGACUGGUUUGGUUGGGCGCCGUGACCUCGCAUUCCUACCUGGCGACCACAGUCCUCGAACCUCUCCCGCAAUGUCUUGACAUCCUCACCUCGCACGCCAACAACAAACGAGAAUCACUCAAACUUAGCAAUCCUCUUUUCCAGUCCAACCUUCGCGAUGCGCACCUUCACAUCGGCCCUGACGGCGGCCACGACGCUCCUCUCACUUCUCUCCCUUCCCCUGCUCUCCGCGGCGUCUCUUGCCACUCCUCUCCAUGAAUCCGGCCGGUGCGCCAUCCGCGGCUCUUGUGGCAAACAAGGACUCUUUGGGUCGAACUUACCUUGCCCCGACAACGAGAAAGCCAGCGCCCCUUCGGAGGUAGAGCGAAAGAAAUUGGUCGACCUAUGUGGUCCUCGCUGGGCCGAAACAGACGUCUGUUGUGACGAGUCGCAGCUUGAUGCCUUGAGUGACAACCUCAAACUAGCGGAAAGAAUCAUAGCCUCGUGUCCUGCCUGCAAGGAGAACUUCUUCAACUUGUUCUGUACCUUCACUUGCUCUCCAGAUCAGUCGCUGUUCGUCAAUGUGACUGAGACAGGAAAGUCCACCGGCGGACUUACCGUGGUCACCGAGCUAGACAAUCUAUGGUCGAAAGACUACCAGAGUGGAUUUUACGAUAGCUGCAAAGAAGUCAAAAAUGGCGCCAGUGGUGGUAAAGCCAUGGCAUUCAUCGGCGGAGGAGCUACCAACUACACUGAAUUCCUCAAAUUCCUUGGGGACAAGAAAUUCCUGGGCAGCCCAUUUCAGAUCAACUUCCUGGAAAAGGGCCGGUAUUCUGAUGAUAAGGGCUUAGUCCCCAGCAACCCAAAGGUCUACGCUUGCAACGACACCGACGCCGCUUACCGCUGCAGCUGUGUCGACUGUCCAGCCGUUUGUCCGGUCCUGGGACCUGUCAACACAAUCAGUUAUUGCCAUGUUGGAAAGCUUCCAUGUCUAUCAUUCGCCAUCAUCAUUGUAUACUCCAUCUGUUUGCUCCUGCUCGUGCUCGCCAUCUCGGGCCAUGUUGCCUAUAGGAGGCACAAACGCAAGAAGAGCGAAAGGUUGCAAUUGCUCCAGGACUCUGCUCCGAGUGACGAUGAAGAUGAAGGCUCACUGGUUUUCAACGCUGGCAUGCUGGACCGACCGCGACGGAACUAUUAUCUCAAUCAUGUCUUUGAUCGUGCGUUCAGCAAGUUAGGAUGGUUUUCUGCCCACUAUCCUGCAUUGACCAUCAGCACAAAUAUCCUCGUCAUUGGACUCCUCAGUCUCGGCUGGUUGAGGUUUGAGGUGGAGAGGGACCCAGUCCGGCUGUGGGUCAGCCCAACAUCGGAUGCGGCUCAGGAAAAGGCCUUCUUCGACUCAAAUUUCGGCCCCUUUUAUCGCACAGAGCAAGCUUUCCUCGUGAAUGACUCAUCCUCCGCCGACAGCCCGGUCUUGAGCUUUGAAAAUCUAGAGUGGUGGUUCGACAUCGAAGAGCGAAUCUCCCGUCUGCUGUCGCCAGAAAAUGGCAUUUCUCUCAGCGACGUCUGUUUCAAACCAGUGGGCGAUGCGUGCGUGGUGCAAUCCGUCAGUGGCUGGUUUGGAGUUGGCCUCUCUCGAGAUUGGCGAGAUCAGAUUGAGCUCUGCGCUGCACACCCAGGCGAUCAGAUGUGUUUGCCUGAAUUCAUGGAUCCGCUUCCACCAGGCCGAAUUCUUGGGGGAUACAGUAGCAUUGAAAAUAUCACCGAAGCAAAGGCGAUGGUGACCACAUGGGUCAUCAAUAAUGCUCAACCGGGUACCGAAACCGAAGCUCGAGCCGAGGAAUGGGAACGCGCCCUCAAACAUGAGCUCCUCAUUGCCCAGCAGCAAGCCAAUAACCGUGGCUUGAGACUUUCCUUCAAUACUGAGAUCAGCCUGGAAGAGGAACUCAACAAGUCAACUAACACGGACGCCAAAAUAGUUGCCAUAAGCUAUCUGGUCAUGUUCAUCUAUGCUUCGUUGGCACUUGGGUCUGCCAGCUUGUCCCUGAGAACGCUACUCAACAAUCCGUCUAAUGUGUUUGUACAGUCCAAAUUCACCCUCGGGAUUGUUGGCAUUGUCAUUGUCUUGAUGUCGGUUUCAGGCUCCGUAGGCUUGUUCUCAGCCGCUGGGGUGAAGGUGACGCUGAUCAUUGCUGAGGUCAUCCCUUUCUUGGUCCUCGCGGUUGGUGUUGACAACAUUUUUCUCAUUGUUCAUGAAUUCGAGCGAGUCAAUGUCAGUCACCCCGACGAAGAGAUUGAUGAACGCAUAGCAAAAGCACUGGGACGCAUGGGACCAAGUAUACUCCUCUCAGCUUCAACUGAGACCAUUGCCUUUGCAAUGGGCGCGUUUGUCGGAAUGCCUGCCGUCAAGAAUUUCGCCGCCUAUGCCGCAGGCGCCGUCUUCAUCAAUGCCAUUCUCCAAGUCACAAUGUUCAUCUCGGUGUUGGCGUUGAACCAACGCCGGGUGGAAAGUCUGCGGGCGGAUUGCUUCCCAUGUGUGACGGUGCGAAGGGCAAGUGCUGCCAAUCUGCCAGGACACUUCUUCGGUAGCGACGAAGAAAGCUGGCUGCAACGCUUCAUUCGAAAGAGUUUUGCUCCAACUUUGCUCGACAACAAGGUCAAGACCAUUGUUGUGACAAUCUUUGUCACCCUCUUCGCUGCAGGAAUUGCAUUGAUUCCAAAGGUCCAACUCGGACUCGACCAGCGCAUUGCGAUCCCCUCCGACUCAUAUAUGAUACAGUACUUCAACGACCUCUAUGCAUACUUUGGUUCAGGACCGCCAGUCUAUUUUGUGACACGCGAUUUGAACAUCACAGAAAGGCUACACCAGCAACAGGUGUGCGGAAGAUUUACGACUUGUGACGAGUAUUCCCUCGCAUAUGUCUUGGAACAAGAAUCCAAGCGCCCGGAUGUCAGUUAUAUGAAUUCUGCCACUGCUAGCUGGCUCGAUGACUUCUUUUACUGGCUAAAUCCCAUUUCAGACUGCUGUACGGACGAGGAUGGCAAUACCUGUUUCACCGAGGAUGAGUGGAAUAUUACUCUCUCCGGAAUGCCCACCGGUCACGACUUUGUCCACUACGCUCAGAAAUGGGUUCACGCACCGACCGACGCCGAUUGCCCCAAUGGCGGCCAAGCUGCGUACUCCAAUGCCGUGGUGAUUGAUCCGGAGAAUACCAACAUCCCUGCCAGUCAUUUCAGAACAUUCCACGUUCCUCUUCAAGGCCAGGAAGACUUCAUCAAUUCCUAUGCUGCUGCGAGAAGAAUUUCUGCUGAUAUUUCCAAACGGCACAAUAUUGACGUUUUCCCUUACAGCAAGCACUAUAUUUUCUUCGACCAGUACAGCACAAUUGUUCGUCUGACCGCAACAUUGCUUUCUGUGGCGGUGGCCAUCAUUUUUGUCCUGACAUCGUCUCUCUUGGGAUCUCUUCUCACCGGAGCUGUCGUUGCGUUGACGGUUGUCAUGAUUCUUGUCGACAUUAUUGGAGUCAUGGCAAUCGCUGGAGUUUCAUUGAAUGCAGUUUCCCUGGUCAACCUCGUCAUUUGCGUGGGCAUUGGUGUCGAGUUUUGCGCCCAUCUCGCACGCGCUUUCAUGUUUCCUAGUACAUCAGUGAUGGAACGGGCGAGACACAAGUUCCGAGGCAGAGAUCUUCGAGCGUGGACUGCCUUGGUCAAUGUUGGUGGGAGCGUCUUCAGCGGCAUUACCGUUACCAAAUUCCUUGGUGUUACUGUUUUGGCAUUUACGCGGAGCAAGAUAUUUGAGGUCUACUACUUCCGCAUCUGGUUGGCGCUUGUCAUACUGGCGAGCUCCCAUGCUUUGAUCUUCUUACCAGUGGCUCUGAGCUUUAUAGGCGGCGAGGGCUACGUUGACCCAGAAAGCGAAGGUGGCCUGGAGGAAGACUUGGCCAGCCGCAGAUAUAGAAGUCUGCUGCCAGACGACGACUACGAUUCGGACGAAUGAGCGGUCCACAGAUAACUGUUGAUGUCAUUAAAUAUAUACCUUUCUAGUCCAACUGCUGGAAGUGAGGUGUGCGUCAAGUCGAGGAUCCAUCAUCUACAUCUAUAUCCGUGUUUCCUGACGCAAAUGCACUGCCUGCAUUGGAUUUAUAUUGGGGAUUGCAAAAGUAUUCAUAUCUAUCCUGACAAUUGACACACCAAUCUAAGAAACAAGUGAUACAA